AUGACAACGAAAAAAGCUCAAUCAAAGGGAUGCUCAAUGAUCACGACUAAUUGGAAACCGCCCCAUGGAAAAGCCGGCAGAAAAAAUAAUAAUAAUAACCAAUCUCCAGGCGUACCCAUGAGAGAGUUUCAAUGCUAAGUCAGCGAGCCAACGAGGCCACGAUAAAUCCUCCAAUCUAUCUCUCCUCCACCUCAUCUUCUCACACUUUUACCAUUCCGCUGCGAAAGGGGUGCUACCCAAGAUACCUCUAAAUCCCGCCCAAGCCAUCCGCAUUCCGCGAAUAUGUCCACAUGCGUCCGUCAUUCGGGAAACCCACUCGCCACGGUAACAGCAAUGCCAAACAGGAACCAAGGUCAGACCCCGCAUGAACCACCGCCCCGGAACCCUCGCCAACGCGACCCGGCAUCAAUGGUGUUUAUCAACGUCUGCUUCGCGCCGACGGCCCCUCCGCAGACGCCAACAGACUGGACUCCGCAACCGCUCCCGACGCGUGUGCCGGGCGUGGAGAUCACGGCAGCGCACCCAACCGAGUCGCCCGCUAAGGUGGCGGUGAAGGUGGGGGACAGUUCGUCCUUCUUCAUCGCGACGCAAGAGAAGCCGCAGAACGUGAAGCGCACCGAGUGUCCCCGGUGUGGCGGCACGUUCGCCGGCGCGCAGAAGCUCAAGCGACACCAGAGGAGCGGCGCCUGCGAUAGGCAGGGUGCUGAGACCUCACCGGAAGUCAGGGAGGAGAGGGACGGGGUUUGGAAACGCUCCUGCCCCUACUGUGAGAAUUUCGGCACAUACAAGACCAGGAAUUCGGCCGUGGUCGCCGUCAGGAGGCAUUACAAGGUGCGCCAUCCCGAGCGGGAUUUGGGGGAUAAGCGGAGGAGGAGGACCAAUGGGAAGAUUCCCGUCCGGGAGGGGGAGAGUGGUGGAGCGAGCGAUGGGGGGUUGAUGUCGGCGGAUGGUGAGGGGGAAGAGUACUAUAUCCCGCCGGACGAGGAUUAUGAGCGCACAACGCUCUAA